AGAGUCUGCAAGGUCUGGAUGAUGAGACAAAAACUGAGUGAGGUUGGGCGAUUUGCAUGGAGUUGUUUAGUUACCUUACCCUUGGUCGGUUGGGGCGAAGUGUGAUAGGUUAAUUGACCUUGUUCUUUGGGCAUUAGCUCCUCAGGUAAUAAUAAUAACUAUGACACGAAGCAUACAAAUGUCAUGCAGGCGCGAGGACCACAUCCCACAUCUCAUAAUAAUAAUACCAAUGGGAUGUGGUGGAACUGGAAAGAUCGUUGCCAAGAGCCAGUUCACUUCCACACUACUCCGUAGUCAUGUGCCAAUCUCACUCAUCUCCCGAGGUCUUUUCCAUUCUUUCGCCAGGUAUACCGUGUAUGUAUGUACAGUAUAUCAAUAUUGAAACUAACUUUCCAUCGAUUAUGGAAAACCAACAACCGGCCCUGCGUAGAGAACGUCUCUCGCGCCAUAAACCUCUUCAGACUAACGAAGCUUGGGAUAAGGUUGUCUGCACCAUUGAGGAUCUCAAGCUCCAGGGAAGCGUGAGGGUUGCCCAGACAAAAAGCGUUGUAGAAGCACAGACUUCAGCCAGCCAGACGCAAAAAGUACAAACGAUUCCUUUACAAUGUCCUCCGAGAAUCAGGUCCCCAAGCGGUUUUAAUAUGCACUGCGACCCUUGGCCAAACCAAAGCUGCUGGUAUGAAAGAAUUGUAUUGUGAUCUCCUUGUUUGCCAAAUCCAGAGUUGUGAGGAUAUCUAUGAAUCAUUCUACUAUGCAAUUGCUUGCUAUCAGAUACCAAAUACCUUGCUCUGAGAGUGGUAUACCAUGUGACAAGUGUGUCAAAACCCUCAGACUUGAUUGUACUCACAACUGAACCUUGCUGAAUGGAUGAAUUGCAAAAUUCUGAGACUAUAGAUCUUAUUGUCAUCAGAAGUCUCACUUCUCAGAAGCAGCAGCUCAAUCUAAGUUUCUAUUAUCAAGAU